UUCAAAUUAACGAUCGUUUAACGUCUGUGCCACAUUAGAUUCAUAUAAAUUACUUGGAUGAGUUGAAAUGGGACAUAAUCUUUAAUGCAACGGAAGUAUGUCUGUAGAAGGCGGGAAACAUGCCAGAGUAUGAGAGCGCGUUGACACAUGCUCUGCAAAAAUUCACCAUGCCACUUUGGACAGAAAUGUCUAUAUCAGAAUCCUGAAACCUGGAAUAUGUCUUACUUUCACCUUCCAUCGGUGUAACAUUACAUAUUGCUUCUACAAUAGUGAAAGCUGACUGAAAAAUAUGCAAAGCAUGUGAAUAGAAGAAAAAAAUUAUAUCCACAAGACUCUUUUUCACAUCCCUUUAUCAAACCUUCCUGCUCUACAUUCCCAUUUCUUCCUUCCUGAAUCCUCUGUCCUAUCACACAUCAGGCCAUGCUACGCAAAAGAAGUCCUCUUAUCAUUUGUGGUGCUUUCGUAUUUGUAGCAUGGAACGUUAUUCUUUUUUUUGUCCUCAUGAGACGCCCUUCCACUCAAGGGGCUCUAGACAGCCCGGACGAACUUGGUAACAAGGGGGACAGAGCCGGAGGAGACCAGUUUGGAAAUAUUAUGAAUGAAGUGAUGCGUGUAGCUAAUGCAUUUGAAGCUGAAAUUGAAUCGCAGAAGAAGAUCCUAUUGCAAAUCCAGAGCCAUUGGUCGGUUUGGGAGAACAAAGGUGGUGUGACAGCUGCUAAAUCAAAAUCACAAGCUGAACAUUCAGCUCCGGUGGUCAUCCCUAUUUUAGUCAUUGCCUGUAAUCGUGUGACAGUGAAACGCUGCCUUGACAAACUCAUUGAGCACCGACCGUCGGCCGAACUCUAUCCAAUCAUCGUGAGCCAGGACUGUGGACACGCAGAAACAUCUGACGUGAUCGCCUCGUAUGGCAGUCAGCUGACUUAUAUCAAACAGCCUGAUCUUUCUGAUAUCUCAGUACCUCCACAGCAUAAGAAGUUCCAGGGUUACUACAAAAUCUCACGACAUUACCGUUGGGCAUUCAACCAGGUUUUCAACACCUUUUCAUACUCCUCUGUUGUUGUUGUGGAGGAUGAUUUGGAGGUUGCCCCUGAUUUUUUUGAGUACUUCAGAGCACUUCAUCCAAUUUUAAAAUCAGACCCGACUCUGUGGUGCGUGUCUGCCUGGAAUGACAAUGGCAGGGAAGGAUUUGUGGACCCUGGAAAAGCGAGCCUGUUGUACAGGACAGAUUUUUUCCCAGGCUUGGGCUGGAUGUUCACAAAAGACCUCUGGGCAGAGAUUGAGCCAAAAUGGCCGGCCUCGUUUUGGGACGACUGGAUGCGCCAACCCAGUCAGCGCAGAGACAGGUCCUGCAUAAGACCAGAAAUUUCCAGAACUUUAACGUUCGGUCGGAAGGGUGUGAGUUUAGGGCAGUUUUACGACAAGUACCUCCGCUUUAUUAAGCUCAAUACCGAAUUUGUGCCUUUUACCAAAAUGGACCUUUCUUAUUUAGAAAAGAAGAAAUAUGAUGAGAGUUUUGAGAAGGAGGUUUACAGUGCUUCGGUUGUCACUGUGGAGGACUUGCAAAGUGGGAAACUUACUGGGUCUGGCCCAUUUCGGGUGCAGUAUUCUAGCCCUGACAGUUUUAAAACAUUGGCUCGCAAUCUUGGUGUGAUGGAUGACCUGAAGUCAGGAGUCCCACGAGCCGGGUAUAGAGGUGUAGUUCCUUUCCUUUUCCGUGGAAAGAGGGUCUAUUUAGCUCCACCAGCAGGAUGGAGCCAGUACGAUCCGAGCUGGAGUUGAAGUGGGCUUGGCCUACAUCACAGGAAUUUUUUAUUAAGAUGUGAAACACAUGAAAAUUCUAUUGCAUAUUACUUGUUCUCUAUCACCUUGCCUUAAAAUUCCAUUGUGCUGCUUAAUGAUGGAAAAACCUCUAGUAAGGGUUUUAGAAAAGAGAUAUGAUACCAAAGAUGAUAACAUAUUGAUCACUCAGACUUUUUGCCUCAGGUUUCAUUAUUUGUCUUUAUGAAGUCAGCUAGGAUUUAUCUGAGAACUAUGUCACCAUUAAAACUCACAGAUUAAACCUAAAUCUUAUGCUGACCAGCUAUACACAUUCUUCACACAAAGUAUAUUUGUCCAGGAACUAAAAAUGAGGGUGAAUAUGUUUAAAAAACACUUAAUUUUAAUACUGUGAAUACUGCUCUAAGUGCCUUUGGAUGUAGUUUUUUUUUGCUUCACCUCUGUCUUUAUUUUUCACUUUUUUGUCACUUACACUUUAUUAAAUUGCUAUGGUUCAUGGAA